AUGGCGAGGGUAGUGCAUCCUUGGAAGUGGACAGUGGCUACCCUGAUUGCAAUCCUGGUUCUGGGGGUCUCAGGUAGCAUCAACCGAGCUCCAAGCAAUUUCUACAAGCUCCUUCCCUGCAGCCUUGACCCUGCCCACACGACUCUGACCCCGCCCCUACAGAUCGGGCCACACCUGACUGACCUGGCCCCACCUCUACCGUCUUGGUCCUACUUCGAAAGCUCUGACCAGCCUGUUCUAGCGGGUGACGUUUCCGCUUGUGACAACCCCUCCGGCAACCGGCCCUCUGGGACUAACCGAGACCUCAGCAGGGAGUCCGAGUCAGAGGAGGACUCCAGGUCGGAUAGCAGCAAUCGCAUUGUGAACGGGUCAGACUGUGAGAAGGACAAGCAGCCGUGGCAGGGCGCGCUACUGCUGGGACCCAACAAGUUGUACUGUGGGGCGGUGCUGAUCAACCCACAAUGGCUCCUCACAGCAGCGCACUGCAGAAAGCCAGUCUUCAGAAUCCGUCUGGGCCACCACUCCAUGUCACCUGUCUAUGAGUCCGGUCAGCAGAUGUUCCAGGGAAUCAAAUCCAUCCCCCACCCUGGUUACUCUCACCCUGGCCACUCCAAUGACCUCAUGCUCAUCAAAAUGAACAGAAAAAUCCGUGGUUCUCGCUCAGUGACGCCCAUCAAAAUUGCCUCUAGCUGUCCCGCUGCGGGGACCAGAUGCACGGUGUCUGGCUGGGGGACAACGAGCAGCAGUCACAAUAAUUUCCCCAAAGUCCUCCAGUGCCUGAACGUCACCGUGCUGAGUGAGGAGAGGUGCAAGGACUCCUACCCAGGACAGAUAGACAAGACCAUGUUCUGCGCUGGUGAUGAAGAGGGCAGGGACUCCUGCCAGGGUGAUUCCGGGGGACCUGUGGUCUGCAAUGGCCAGCUACAGGGCCUUGUGUCCUGGGGUGAUUUCCCCUGUGCCCAGCGGAACAGGCCAGGUGUCUACACCAACCUAUGUGAGUUCGUUAAGUGGAUUGAGGACACCAUCAAAUCCAACUCAUGAGCCAGCAUCGUCCCACUACAGUGACGAACACGGCCAUUGAGGAUGCUGCGGACAGGCCACGCUUUGUCUCCUGACAUCAAGAUCCUUGUCCCAAAUGGUGGACUGGCUCUGUUUCUAUAGCCAGACCCCAGGGACACUUCCUGGAAUGACAUGGGUUGGGUUGAAACCCAUCAUCCUCAGUAAAUCAAUACACAAACCCAGAGUUGAGCCUUUUCUGCAACUAUAACCCAGAUUUAG